AUGGAUUCUUCGUAUGUAGACCAGAGAGACUCACGUCAGUUCAGGUCCCGAACAGACAGUCACCUGUCAUCAACCACAUCGCAAUUUCAAGGUCUUCUUAUUGAGACUGGCCCCACCACUUCUUCAGAUCACCAAGUUGGAAUAUCUUCAUCAGACUCAGCAACAGCACCCUCAGCUACAACAGCUACCACACUCAUUAGUCCACCGAUCCCCACAUUCCUUCAACAACACAGUUCUGAAUCUUCAACCGCCACUGGUCUAUCAUCACCAGCCCCUCAGCAAUAUACAGCAUUUCCGAUCCUUAACAGGAGUGAACUUGACACAGACUGGUCCUGUAUCACCACUUCAGAGGCUCAAUCAGACAGUUCACUUGAAUUACACAUUCAUCCGGGUCAAACAUUUCCUGGUGUUGAAAAUCUUGACUACAAAGUUCCUAUCCAUUCAAAUUCCCUUCCAGCAACCAUGUCUACUCUUGGUAUUCAGCAUUAUGACCCACGGUUCGAUGCCGGUGCACGACCAUCAUACACUUGGCCUCGUACGUAUCCCAGGAGCUAUUUGGAAGGAAUGGAACUAACUCGAGCAGAAUUUGAGAUGCACGAACAAUUCAUCCAACAGCAUGAAUUGAGCCCACAUAUCAGCCCUCAUAUGAGCCCUGGACAACUAUCACCAUAUGACGAGCUCAAACCAUCACCGAUAUACGCACGAGCCAUUUCAGAUAGUCCACCACGAGCUAAUCUCACGCCCGAACAGAGGGAAUUGAAGCGACAACGCGACUACGCCAGGAGGGACACGAAGACGAGGCAAAGAAGGGAGAGAUCUUUGAGUAACCCUUACGCAUCAAAUAGAACAACACCAGACAUGUUGCCACGAACUCUCCCAGACCAUUACUCAAACUCUAACUCUCUUGCCCCAACACCACUCUUAUCGCAAGGUCCUUCGGCUCACGGCCUCCCCAGUCCAUCUUACCUCGCACCCUACUCACCACACGUAUCUGUGACCGAUACUACACCUUCGGAUAUGUACGGGCCAGUUUUCACAAUGGGCCCAAAUGAUUACACACCAAUAUCAGCGUAUUCGGCACCAUACUCAAUGGGAGGUCAUGAAUCCAGUCUUCCAUCAUACGCUCCCCGACCACACUCUCUCUCCUCCGCCUCCGACCAAUCCAACCUCAGCAGCAUCUACGCACCGCACCCACACUCGCACUCCCCACUCACGCCCCUCUCCUCGAUCUCGCACCCAUCACACUCACCUCUCGAGCCCCGCGACCACGUCCGCGUCGUACAAUCGCGGCCCAAACCCCAGUGCUGGGACCACGGCUGCAACGGCCGUCAAUUCAGCACCUUCUCCAAUCUCCUGCGCCACCAACGUGAAAAAUCAGGCGUGGCUAGUAAAUCUUCAUGCCCCAAUUGUGGCGCCGAGUUUACGAGGACCACGGCUCGGAAUGGUCAUAUGGCGCACGAAAAGUGUAAGCAGAGGAGAAACUCCUGA